AUGUCGUUCGCCCAGAAAGAUAGAGAAUCUUUAAGGGAUUACCUCACUCGUUUCAACAACGAGUCAAUCACUAUUCCCAACCUGCAGCAGGAGAUUGCGGUCCUAGCUUUGAUGAGAGGAAUGCAAGAAUGUGAAUUCAAGAAAUACCUUAGCCGGAAAUCAUACACAAAUCUGGGUGACGUUUUGCAUAAGCCAAACGAAUACAUCAGGGGGGAUCAGAUGAUGAGAAUCUCCAAUGUCGUCGUGGCAACCGGUGGUAAUGCCGGGUACAAUCCAAGCUACAACAAUCAGCAGAUGGGAAGGGGAGGAAAUAGUUUUAACCAGAGUAAUAAUCAGCAAGGGGCCAGUCAGAAAAAUCAAAACGAUAGAAAUAUCAAUCCCCAGAAUCAGAGACCCCGGCAGGAUAGAAGGGAGUCCCGCAGACUCUUCGAUAAUUACACUCCGUUGAACACACCACGGACGAAAAUUUACAACAUAAACAACAAGAUGGACGGUUGGAGAAGGCCACCACCAAUGCAGAGUAGGGAAAUAAAUGUCAAAAUAUUCUGCGACUUCCAUAAUGAGCACGGCCACCUCAUAGAGGACUGCAGAGACCUCAAGGACAAUAUUGAGGACAUGGUGAGAAAGGGGUAUUUCUCGCAAUAUAGGGCGAGACAAGGAAAUGGUAACUACAACCCGGCCGGAGGAAACACUGCCAAUUCCUACCGACCACAACAACAGCAAAAUCAGCAACAAUAUCCCAGAAUCGAACAGCCGUAUCAACCACCAAGAAUAGAGCAAAGACAACCUGAAACCAGUGCUAAAGCAGAACAAAGGGACAACGAGAAAAAACCGCUGGUAUUUGUCAUCUCUGGCGGCCCUGUCCAUGGAGGGACGAUAAGCGGCGCCAGCAGGAGUUUGGAGGAACACAGGCACAUGGUGAAUUAUCACAGCACUAGGGUGUGGCUAAGCCCACCCAGCAUACCAGUGAUGACCUUCUCGGAAUCGGAUUGCAGAGGCAUCAUUUUCCCACAUGAUGACCCAUUAGUUCUGACAAUUGAUAUAGCAAAUGCCGAUGUAAAUCGAGUACUAAUAGACGGAGGUAGCUCAGAAAACAUCAUAUUUUGGGAUGCAUUCAAGCAACUACACAUACCAGAAGAAGAGCUGGCAAGGGUGAAUUACCUGGUAAUCGGUUUCUCAGGAUCUACGGUGUACCCAGAAGGUAGCAUGAGGCUGCCGGUGAAAAUUGGAGAAGGAUCUGAGACACGAGACCUCAUGGUAGAGUUCUUAACCAUCAAAGUGCCGGCGGCCUAUAAUGUGAUCAUCGGUCGCCCGUUCAUACACGAUGCGCAGACCAGAAACAGCACCAAGACCAUUGCCAGACGGUAUGACGGAAAAUAUAGAAUUGGAGGUCGGUCGGCAGGAUCAAACGGUUGUAAUUGGUACAGAAAUGGAAAGAGACAUGAAGGUCAACCUCAUAGGCCUGCUAAGAGAGCACGCGACGUCUUUACGUUUUCCGCAGAUGAGAUGCCUGGUAUUGAUCCAGACGUGAUAGUCCACCGACUAAACGCAGACAGGAAUAUUAGGCCAGUAAGACAGAAAAGGCGCAACUUCUCCACGGAGAAAAUGACAGCAAUACAAGAGGAGGUUGAGAAACUCUUGGCGGCAGGUUUCAUUGAGCCUUGCAAUUACCUUGAAUGCCUGGCAAACGUAGUAAUGGUGAAAAAGCCGAGUGGAUCGUGGAGGAUGUGUGUAGACUUCACCAACCUCAACAGAGCAUGUCCAAAAUACUUCUACCCCCUGCCAAGGAUCGAUAGGCUGGUAGACUCUACCAGCGGGCAUGCACUACUCAGUUUCCUAGAUGCAUUCUCAGGAUAUCACCAGGUCAGCCUGCUCAAAUCAGACAGGAAGAAGGCAUCUUUCAUUACAUAUACAAGAGUUUUCUGUUACAAGGCAAUGUCGUCCGGGUUAAAGAACGCAGGAGCAACAUACCAAAGGCUGGUCGACAAAAUUUUUGACGACCAAAAAGGCAGAAAUGUGGAAGUCUAUGUUGAUGACUCUAUCGUUAAAAGCCGGCAGGAGAAAGAUCAUGUAGCCGACCUUCGGGAAACUUUCGAAACUCUGAGAAAGUACAUGAUGAAGCUGAACCCGAAGAAGUGUGUCUUCGGAGUAAGGUCAGGAAAAUUCUUGGGAUUCUUAGUCAGUGAGCGUGGCAUAGACGCUAACCCAGAAAAAGUAGAAGCAAUGAUCAGUCUGCCACAACCCAAAAGUGUGAAAGACAUACAACGAUUGACUGGGAGAAUGGCCGGCCUGAACAGAUUCGUGAGCAAGUCGGCAGACAAGUAG